CUCGCCUCGAUUUUGAGUUGUGCACUUUUAAAUGUGCUGCUUUGAAGUUGUUCCUCAGCUGGCCCAGUGGAAGUGUAUCGCAGAGCAGCAAGCAUGGUGGAAAUGAUCGCUGUGAAUAGCUUUCAGAGCCAGCAGUAUGAUGAGCUGAGUCUCGAGGUUGGGGACAUCAUAAAGAAUUCCAAGCGCACAGAUGAAGACGGCUGGUGGGAAGGAGAGCUGAAUGGGAGAAGGGGCCGGUUCCCAAGGAUAUUCGUCAAGAAAGUGGCAUCUCAAGCUGUUGAAUGUGAAAACCGUACACAGCCCCGUUCAAUCCGCAGAAAGCCAGUGGUGAAGAAGAAGAAGCAGAGAUGGUGCAAAGUGGUCAUUUCAUACAGCCCUGUGAAAUCAGGAGAGCUAGAGCUCAACCUGGGAGACACCAUUGAGAUCCUCAAUGAGAUUGAAGAUGGUUGGUGGAUAGGAAGGAAGAAUGGACAAACUGGGGGCUUCCCAUCUAAUUUUGUCAUAGAAAUAGACAACACAGAAGGGAAGGCCCACGGCUCUGUUACUGAGUCUGAUUUCGGUGUCCUGAAUCAAAGUGAACCAAGCUCAGACAUCCAGGUCCCAACAUUUAGAUCAGCGCAUCCCAGUGCAAACCUUGGGAACCCUGGAGCUGGGAGACAACAGUUGGCUUCUAAACCUGACAAUAUGGCAUCAGCGAAGAACCCGGAAUGGAUCCACUGGAAAGUUGACAACCGAGAUGAGAAGGAAGAGCCCAAGAAUGAAUGGUCAGAACCUGUGGUCAAACCUGGGCCUCCCAGAAAGGUGCCACCACCUGUAAAAGUGAAGCCAGUGUUGUCAAACCUGCUGAAUAAAGUUAAUGGAGAACAUGCUCUCCCUCAACAAGACCGGAAUAAACCAGCCAGAGACAGGGGCACUGAUUCAGAUUCGAUGACCUUCGACAUGCUCGCUGCAUCCACAGAGAAGCUGACGCACCUGACAAUGGACAGGCCCAAAGCCAAGGGGCGUAGACCACCCUCUCAGUUAGUGGCUUCACCUAUCCGGGAUGUCAAAAGGCCAGCGCAGCUCGCAACAGCAGCUAAGGUCACUACUGGGAUCACCCAGCAGUCAGAGCAGCCCCCACCGAAAACACACUGGGCAACACCUGGCAAACCAGCAAUAGGCUCGACAAAUUCAGCAAGCAAACCUCAGAGAGAGGUGGAGAGUGAGGACAAGGCAACUACACUCAUAGCAUUGAGAGCAGAGGUCCGAAGUCUCCAGCUGAGCUUCGAUCUACUGAAGAACCAACAUUUGAGAGAUAUAGCAGCUUUAAAAGAAGAGAUAGCAGAAGAGCGGAACAAACGAAACACACUGCAGGCGGAGGUUGAAAAACUGAGAGGAUUCACAACAACUCUACAAAAGCACUGAGUUCAAACCUUGUCCCCACCCCUGAUUCCUGGCCCCAGCCUGUUACCCACCCUCUGUGAAGAUAAAAUUCAAGUGGACAACGUCCUGGUCUCAGAGAGUUUGGAGUUUGACAAAUGUAAAGCCUAUUCGGGCAAUGUAGGAUUGCUAAGGAGUUUGCUCCGUGUAUGUCAUACCUCGUGGUGGUGGAGGCCUACGCAUUCUUAGUGUCAAAAAACAUCAAGACACAGAGCCAGACAGGAAACCACCAGUUUGGAAAAAUGAACUUGAAUAGGCUUCUAUUUGUUUAGCACUUUGCAUGUCCUCAAGACAUUAUCGAGCACUUUCCAACUUACGUCUGAGGUAAAUGCAAGAGGUAACUGGGUGAAAAAUCUUGCAUGGGCUUCCCUCACCCCCGCUUUGUUAGAGUGGCAGAUUCCACCUUGUCAACCAAACAAACGUGUGUAGGCCAACUCUCUUUCUAUCUCUCAACAAUCUUCAAACUCCAGUCAGAUGUUUGGAUUGACCAGUGUACAGCACAGUGUGAGUUUACACUUGGGCACCACAGCCUGGUGGCACAGUGUGGUACCUACAGGAUGGUCAAAAGCCAGGAGUUGAUGUCUACCAAGCUUUCUGACUGUCAGCUCCCAUCAGAUUGGGAUGCAAUAUGAAAUAGAUCCAUCUUACCUCCUGAGCACAAUCCUUUUAAGGAGAGGGCUGUCCUGUGUCAAAUUUCGAGCGGCUAGCUGACAAUAUGGCGUCUUUUCAACAUUCAACAAUUUUCAUCCAUUCUGUAACCAAAAUAUUUGUAAUUCAAAAGGAACGAGCUACUUUGUGUGGGCUGCUAAUUCAAAUCCGGUUUUCUUCUGUGUGCAUUGCCAGUGCCAAUUAAUGCCUUUUAGAAACCUCGUUACAUUAAACAGAAUGUGAGACUCAGAGGAAGGUGGAGAGUCAGAGGCACACAGAUACAGUGAGAUAGAGGGAAUCAGUAAGAAACACACAGUCUCAGAAACACAGCAAAAGAAUAAAAGCUACAGGAACACAAGGGGUAGGUUCCACUGAUAGGGGAGAGGUGCCAUGUUCAGCACCAGGAAAGUCCCAUUCAAUCCCAGCCCAGUUGUGGGAGCUGACCCUACACUUUGGCAGCCACCCGGCCAUUGCAAUUGGUUUAACAAGCAUCAGGACUUGAGACUCCUGCUUCUAAUUCUUGUUCAAAUAUUCCAGCAGCUGCUGAGUGAUGCACGUCACAGUCAAAUAGUUUCUUCUGAGGGCGUGACGAAUGCAUCCUCUUGAUGCCAGUGAGCUCUUUCUUAAAUAUGCAGAAUGGGAUCCAAUUAUAUCAACUUUAAGCGUGGCCUGAGUAGGCAAGAGCGUAUGAUGAUUACCCCCAGGGAAGGGGAACAAGAGAAAGGACCAAAAAUGGUGGACCUGAUUUAUUAAUUUAC